GGCUGCGCCCACGGCAGUGUCAUGCAGUCCUAGUCGGACUUUGCUGAAGGCUAAGCAGAAAGAUCCAGAAUUGGAGAGUACCAUUUAACCAUGAAUAUCAUACAACAGAAACCCAGUAUGUCAUCAUAAGAAUAUGCGUAAGGACUGGAAAAGGUCCAGGGUAUCUACUCUCAAGAUUACUGACUAGUAGAUCGCGGCUGACGGACUGCUGUAGUUUUACCUAUCGAACUCCAAGAUGCGUCUGCCAUUAAAAACAUAUCAAGGGCUUGGGUUCCCUUUAGUCGAACGUCUUUUGGAUGUAAGGACAUGCAAAAUACGAAGGAAGCAGUUAUACAGCACGACCUUCACUUUAAUUAGGCAUCGCUGGAUGAGAAACAUACCUUCAAUAUGUGCUUUCACCUCCAAACAGUUCAGCACACAAUCAGAAAAGGAUAAAAUUGAUAUGUCCAAAUUUCCUGUCGAGAACAUUAGAAAUUUCAGCAUCAUCGCCCACGUUGACCAUGGUAAAAGCACUUUGGCUGACAGAUUGUUGGAGUUAACAGGAGCCAUUGCUAAGACAGACCGCAACAGGCAAGUCUUGGACAAGCUGCAGGUGGAGAGAGAGAGGGGGAUCACUGUGAAGGCCCAAACAGCCUCUCUGUUCUAUACUCACCAAGGCCAGACAUAUUUACUGAACCUCAUUGACACGCCUGGUCAUGUUGACUUCAGCUAUGAAGUUUCCAGAUCAAUCUCUGCAUGCCAGGGGGUGCUGCUGAUCGUCGACGCGAAUCAGGGGAUUCAAGCACAGACAGUCGCCAAUUUCUAUUUGGCUUUUGAAGCCCAUCUGACUAUCAUACCCAUUGUAAAUAAGAUUGAUUUGAAAAAUGCUGACCCAGAAAGAGUGGAAACACAGAUUGAAAAAGUGUUUGAAAUUCCAAAAGACGACUGCAUACGGAUUUCAGCCAAAUUAGGCACAAAUGUUGAGCGAGUGCUGGAAGAAAUCGUCAAUAGGAUUCCUCCUCCCAAGGCUAAGACAGAUGACCCCUUCAAAGCGCUGGUCUUUGAUUCCACCUUCGACCACUAUAGAGGAGUGGUGGCCAAUAUCGCCUUGUUUGGGGGGCAGGUGCGUAAAGGGGACAGGAUCAUGUCAGCACACCUGGGCAAGGUGUAUGAGGUCAACGAGCUGGGAAUUCUGAGGCCGGAUGAGAACCCUACAGACAGACUGUUCGCUGGGCAGGUGGGUUACAUGAUUGCAGGGAUGAAGGAGGUGAAGGAGGCUCAGAUUGGGGACACCCUGUUUCUCCAGAAGCAUCCCGUCAAGCCCCUGCCGGGAUUUAAUCCCGCAAAAGCCAUGGUGUUCGCUGGCAUGUAUCCGACAGACCAGUCGGAGUAUAACUCCCUGCGCAGUGCGGUGGAGAGACUGACACUGAACGACUCCAGUGUGGCAGUACAGAGGGAUAGUAGCCACGCGCUGGGAGCCGGCUGGAGACUGGGGUUUUUGGGGCUGCUGCACAUGGAGGUGUUCAACCAGCGUCUGGAGCAGGAGUACAACGCCUCGGUCAUCGUGACGACGCCCACCGUCCCGUACAAAGCCAUCCUCUCAUCGGCCAAGCUCAUCAAGGAAUAUGGGGAGAAGGAGAUCACCAUCAUAAACCCAGCCCAGUUUCCUGACCGCUCCGUGGUGUCGGAGUAUCUGGAACCCAUGGUCUUAGGGACCAUCAUCACUCCCCAUGAGUACAUUGGCAAAAUCAUGACCCUAAGCCAGAAUCACAGGGCCGUCCAGAGGAACAUGUUGUACAUUGAUGACAAGCGUGUGAUGAUGAAGUACCUCUUUCCCCUGAACGAAGUCAUCGUGGACUUUUACGAUCACCUGAAGUCGCUGUCUUCUGGAUACGCCAGCUUUGACUAUGAAGAAGCGGGCUACCAGCCGGCAGACCUCAUAAAGAUGGACAUCUUACUGAAUGGGAAACCGGUCGAGGAGCUGAUCACGGUUGUCCACAAAGAUAAGGCACACACCGCUGGCAAAGCCUUGUGUGAAAGGCUGAAAGACUGCAUACCCAGGCAGCUGUUUGAGAUUGCUGUACAGGCAGCCAUUGGGAGCAAGAUCAUCGCAAGGGAAACCAUCAAAGCCUAUCGGAAGAACGUUCUUGCGAAAUGUUAUGGGGGUGACAUUACUCGGAAAAUGAAGCUGUUGAAGAAACAGGCAGAAGGAAAAAAGAAGAUGAGAAUGAUUGGGAACGUGGAAGUCCCCAGAGAUGCCUUCAUCAAUGUCCUGAGGAGAAAGGACAAGUAAUGCAGUGGCUUCUAGCACGAA